AUGGAGGCCGUACCGAGGAUGCCGAUGGUCAGCUUCGAGCUGAAGAUCAGCCCCGAAAUGACCAACUUUUCUGCCCUAAAACAGUACAUCGCGGAGUACUACCAGGAAGAUCCGGCCUCAUACACAAAGGAGUGUUAUCAACUGGAACAACUACGCGGUAACGCGUUCCGGCCCACACGAGAUGUCGAGGGAACGGCCACGAUCCGGCGCUAUUACUGCCAGCUACAUUCGAUCCAGAACCGCUUUUUGCUGGCAAGCCUCAGCGAAAGCCAGCAGAUGCUGACGUUCCACUGGAAGGAUCUGUACAACGGUGUGACGCUGUCCAAAUCCAACCUGAAGUACGAAAUGGCGGUGGUGUUGCACAACUUUGCGGCCUUGCACACCCAGCUCGGUGCCUCGGAAAGCCGUGCCGAUCCCGAGAGCAUGAAAAAGGCCUGCACGCACUUCCAGUGUGCGGCUUGGGCGUACGGGUACGCUAAGGACAACUUUGCGCUCCUGCUGCAAGGAGACCUGUCCACCGAACUGCUAAUCUUCAUGCAAGCGCUUUGCCUGGCCCAGGCGCAGGAGUGCAUCAUGGAGAAGAGCCUGUGCGACAACCGCAAGUCGGGAAUUAUCGCCAAGGUGACGGCACAAAUCGUAAGCUACUACAAUUCGGCACUGGCCGCGCUGCUGACGCAAAACGGCGACGAUGGUCGCAUCCAAGACAUCGUGGGAAGCAAGCAGUUCAAGGAGUGGCGUCAGUACGUGCGCUUCAAGAUCUCCUACCUGUCGUGCAUUCUGUUGCUCUACCAGGGCCAACAGUCGGAGGAGCAGCAAAAGAUGGGCGAACGUGUGGCACUUUACCAGGCGUCGUUCGACAAGCUGGAGGAGGCGCGCAAGGAAUCGAAAGGGUUGGCCAACAUCGAGCAGGUGAACGACGCGCUCCAGUUCACAAUGGACGUGGUGGAAGCGAAGCGUAAGUCCGCCAAAAACGAAAACGAAUUCAUCUACCACGAGGAGGUACCGGAGCUGAGUGCAAUCUCCGCGGUGCAGGGCGCAAAUCUCGUCAAUGGCAUCGCGUUCAACGUAACAGAUCCCGAGGCGAUGGGUGAGGACAUUUUCCACCGGCUCGUCCCGAUGAAGGCGCACGAGAGCAGCUCGCUGUAUAGUGAGGAAAAAGCCACACUUCUCCGAACGCUCGGUACGAAGCUAGAGGACAAGGACACCGAGCUGGAGACGUUUAUGAGCUCGUUAAAUUUGGAUGCCAUUGGGCCACAGCCUUCAGUGCAGAAUGACACGCGUUUACCGCAGGGGCUGGUGGAUCGGUGCGCCGAGUUGCAGGCGAAACCGAACGCUAUUCCCGAUUUAGUCCAGUCCAUGGCUAGUCUAGCGGAUACCUGCUCGGAUGUGGAGCUCACGCUGAAGGAGAUCAAAAGCCUGCUGCGGCAGGACGAAAUACGCGAGGAGCAGUAUCAGGCGAAAAUUGGCCAGCGAUCGAACGGGGGAGCGCAUAUUGUGGAGCUUGGUCGGGAGCUGGCCAAGUACCAGGAAGCCCACAACAAGGCGGGUGAAAGCAACGACACGCUGCGCAAAGCGAUGGGCCUUCACGUGCACAAUCUGAAGAUCCUUUCGCUGCCGCUACCGGACAUAAAGGCACAGAUACCGGUGAGCAGCGAGCAGUUCGACGAGGCGACAUUCCGCGAUCUGCUCGCCAUCCUGAUGAAGGUGAAAGAGAUGAAGGGACAGCGGGCGAAGCUGUACCAGGAUCUGCGGCAAAACAUCACCGAAGACGACAUUACCUCGCAGCUGAUUGCGCUCGAGGGCGGCUCGGAGCAAAAAACGAAAAUGGAGGAACUGUUCCGCAAGGAGCUGUCCAAACACGAUCAGCUGAUCGGGUUGCUAGAGCAGAACAUGAAGGCGCAAGGCAACAUCCUGAAGGCGCUCACCGAGGUUUACGCGCGGUGUGCGCCAGCAUUGAAGAGCUUUUCCGAUGCGAAAACCCGGCGGGAUCAGUUUUUCUCCUCGUUGUCGGCUUCAUUCGACGUGUACGAGGAUCUGCUAUCGAAGAGCGCCAAGGGGCUUGAGUUCUACCGGAAGCUGCAAAGCAACGUGCAGAAGUUGUACUCGCGCGUUAAGGCCGCCUGUGACGUGCAGGAGGAGGAACGCAAUCAGAAGCUCAAGUCGAGCAACAUUCCGAAACGUUCAUCGGCCAACGAAAGUGCAGCCGCGGGAAUAGGUGCGUCGAGUCUAGCCGGGGGAUUAUCCGGAACAGGUGGUGGUGGCAGCAGCGGUGGAAGUGGUGGGCCGAAGCUCAAGGAUUAUCUUAAAGCGGGUACUCUAACGCUAGGAUCAAUCAAGGCGGCUGGAGUGGAUAAAAAUCCCGCUAAUCAUUUACCAUCGAUUCGGCCAGCCCCGGUAGGAUCGGAAAGCACGGCACCAACCGUAGGAGGUGUUGGAGCUGCAGCAGGUUACUACCAGGACUCUUACGGUGCAUCGACAUAUGCUGCCUACCAUCAUCUUCAACAACAACAGCAACAACAGCAGCAGCAACAACAAUAUCAGCAACAGCAACAAACGUAUAUGCAAUACGGCGGAUCUAAUAUGGCUGCAGCUGCUACUGGUACUGGAUACGAUUAUGCUGCUCAGCAGUCGCAGCAACCAUCGCAAGCGCAAUCCGUUGCUACGGGAUACGUCAAUCCCAUGUACCAGAGCGCGGGCACUAACUACUUCUACAAUCAGUCUCCCGUCCCAGCCAAUCCAACAGGUUACGAUUACGGGCAAUAUGGUCAGCAGGCGCAAGCUCCACAACAACCGGCUCCUUCGACGGCAUCUUCCUCCACUGACGUUAGCCAAUCGCAUGGUUCCUGGCCGCAGUUAAAUCAGCAAUUUUCCUCCAUGAAUCUCCAACAGCCGACCGCCGCGGACAGUGGCUACGGAACCGAUCGUUUAACUCCUUCAUACUCUCAGCCAGCCUAUCCUAACAUGCAAGCGCAAGUCUCUACGUACCAUCAGCAAGUGGGAGGAAAUCAACAAUAUCCAACCACGUCGUACUCUUCAGCAGCAUAUCCCUCUUCGUCGAACGAAUCAACGUAUUCGGUAUCAUCAGCUUCUUCGGUGCAGGACAUGCAUGCCGGCUACGCAAACUAUGCGCAAGCACCGACCCCUCAGCAAUACCAACAACCGCCGCAACAGAUUCCACAGGUUUCCGCGGCAUCAUCUACGCAAUACUACCAACAAGCGCCUUACCAAUCGGAACAGACCGCAUCGUACGGUUCACAUCCGGGUUAUUCAUACAACCCACAGACCGGGGCGUACGACUACACCAGCGGGUUUCAGUACGAUUCGGCCAACACUGCGGCCUCUUAUCAGAGCCAGUAUGUAGCGAAUCCCCAGAUCGGAAGCACGACAUUCACCACCCCCGGAGCCCAAUCGACCCCAACUUCGAUGGGCUCAUCAGCUUCGCAGCAGUAUCAAAUUUCCACCGGAAGUGUGGCGGCAGCACCUGGAUCUACUGCAACUGUAGCUGCGUCGUACCCGCAAGGCCAAGCGAUGAAUUCGACCUCAUACGGUGGCAACCAACAACCGUCACAGGCAAGCGCUAACACUCCGUCGGGUUACUAUCAUCAGUCGUCCACCUACUCCACCGUGCAGUCGAAUCCUUAUGCACCUCAGCAACCGGAUUCGAUGGUCCCACAAAACCCUCCGAUGGUGAAUAGUCCACAAGAUGCGGCCAGCGUAGCUCAUUAUUCCCACCACACGAACUCGUAUGUCGACAGCACUGGCUCGCAGCAUACGACUACCACAACCACAGCGUCGGUGGCCGCACCGUCGCAGCAACCUCCGGUGCCCAACACUCCGCAACCAGUUCAGUCGAAGAACAUCGAUCUGCUAUCGGGUAUCGAUUUUUCACCCGCGAUCGUUCCACCGAUCUCCGUUCCGAUCCUGCAGCCGCAACUUUCGUCCACUUCGCUUGCCGGGAGCACGGUUGAUGGCAGUGAAGUGGCCAGUGUCAUCCUGACACCCACCAAAGUUGCCGAGGUACCCACGGAAAAGGUUCCACCGAGUGGGCCAGCUGUAGACCCGCCAGCAAGCGUACCGACACCGUCCGGGAACAGUGCCGUAUUCGGUGAUCGGAAGCCAAGUUUCGAUAAUCUGUCACUUUGCUCCGACAUGAGCUCGAGCUUCGAUUGGGAAAGCGCAUCGGUAUGCGGUGCUACGGCCACUGCUUCUGGUGCGGCUUCGAACUCCGUGGCUAGUCCGGGAGAUAGUGUGUUUUUGCAACCAGCGAAGCCGAACCCAUUCGAAGAUCAGGCCACCCUAAAAUGGUUCCAUAAGGAGGUAGAGCGUUUAGAGAAGUUUGUCGAAACCAGUGGCAUUAAGACGUUAAACGGCACGACACCGCUCGAUAGCAAGUGGAAGGAACUGCAAGAUCUGCUCGUGAAGGAAGAAUCGAAACGGCAGGUGAGUGUGGCACGUCUGUUUCCGGAGAAGAAUCGUUCGAUCGACUGCGUCCCGUACGAUCACGCACGGGUUCAGCUUUCAACCGACACGGAUAACUACAUCAACGCCGUGUACGUAAAGUUCCAAAAGGAUAAAAAAUUGGAUCUCGGUUUCGGAUGUCCUCAUUUCAUACUGGCGCAAACACCACUCCCGAAUACGAUGAACGAUUUCUGGAACAUGGUGUGGUCCCAGAAGUCCAACGUGCUUGUUUGUUUGCAUACGGCCAACGAGCUGUUGGAUCCGUUUUGGCCAACCGAAAUUGGCAAAGAGCUAAGUUACGGCGACGUGUCAGUGAUGUUGAUGAAGCAAUUUGAUCUGAGCUACUGCACUGAACGCUCACUGCGCAUCAGCAUGCUUGGGUCGGAUUACUCUCUCACGAUUGCCCUGCUCCAGCCCAAGCUCUGGCCGAAGAACUCCCCCGAGCAUAUCUUGGGCGUGGCGCAGAACCUGAUCGACUCUUAUCGGCAGCACAACCAAGAGCAGAAGCUAGCCCAGUUGCACCCACUCGUGCUGAACUGUCUCAACGGAACCGAACGUUCCAGCCUGGUGACGGUCGCGAUUGUCACGAUUUUGGCCACGCAAACCCGUAAGCCAUUGCUGAUAAAUGUAAUCGACAUUUGGUACCGGAUCUGCUGCCAGCGAAAGGGAGCACUGCGUGAUAUGAAUCUGAUUCAGCUUUCCUAUCAGAUUGUGUUGAACAACGGGCAUGGGAUACUGAACAAACGUGGCAUUAUGACGUCGUAUCAGAUGAAAUCGGCCCAGGUGGCCAGUAGCACCGUGAAGGAGGAAGCCAACAACGAUCCGUUCAAAGAUCUCGAUCCGCUGUGGAAAUUGAAAUAGUCGAAUGGUGACGCCACAGGGUGGCAUCCGUAACGCAAGGAAGAAGUAGCUUUUUUACGUGCCUGGACUUUCUUUUACCGAUAAAUUCUUGCGGGAAGGCAGCCAUCUUCUAUAUCGACUAACUAGCUGGUUUGCUUUCGUAUAUCUUUUACUGACGAAUCUGAUAAAUGAGCGAUGUUGCUGUUGUUGCUGCAUGCAAUCGGGCUAGUUGGCAUUUUGAGUGGAAAGACACAUCCUUCUUGGGAUCAAGAAUUCACGGAAAAUUCUACGUUAAACGUUUCAAAGCUACGUACCCUCUUUCUAUCGGUUACUCGCGCAUUUCACGUUUGAAUAUACGCUAUCGCGUGGAUUCCUCCCUGCACGCUAGGUCGUUAAUCACAUGCAAGCAUUAUUCCAUCUUACAAACAGACAUUUAAGCAAUUUUCACAAAUUCUACUCUAUUCCAAUAUUUGCCGCGUAUUGGCGUAAGGAUAUUUAUUUGUAUUACUAUUAUAGCAAAGGAUAUGGAAGGCACCGUCGUGUUAAUGGAGUUAAGAUGUGCAUCCAGAAAAUUGUAUUAUGGAAAAAAUUGUUUUCCUACGCACGCCUGGUAUACUGUUGAGCUGGUGUAGGAAAAAAAUUGUUUGAAAAUAAAAUAUGCUAUAUU